CUUCGGCCAAUAUACUGGAGUACAAUCAUUCCUAAAAGUGGCAAUCAAAUUUAGGGAUUUGAUUCCUUCGGAGUUAAGGCUUUGUUUCAAUUCGUUUGAUUCUCCAGUCCUGGUUCUAGCUAUAUGGCGGCUCUUCUUCCCCCUGAUGAUCCAGCAGCUUCACUCCCACUACAACAUCCCACAAGGGAUGAAAUGUAUUGUUCUGGGGCUGUGAGUCUCAUUCCUAAUUCUCUCAUGGAGGAAAUAUUUUUGCGAACUACUGCGAAAUCCUUACUAAGCUUAAAGUGUGUGUGUAAGUCAUGGUACCAUGUAAUCAAGGAUCCCAAUUUUGUUCGGAAACGAUUUCGUGGUUCACAGUCUAUGGGAUGUACUGUUUUAUCUAGUACUAUUACUACUACUACAGAUGGUUAUCUAGGUAAGAAGAUUUACUUGGGAUCGUUUCACGAAGGGUGGAAAAUUGAGAAUGCUGAUGGCGGUAAUGGUAAAUGGGAAACCAACUUUUGGAGCUUACCUGUAUCGAAAGACAUUUGCAAAGAACUGUGGAUGGCAGCAUGCAAUGGUUUAAUCUGUAUUUAUGGGAACUACUGUAAGACUACUAUGGAUAUGUGGAACCAAACUGAAGGGGUCCUAAGUGAAAUACCUAAAAGACAUGUUGAAAAGUAUUCCAUGGUAUAUAUAUGUAACCCCACGACACACGAAAUUAUAGAUCUUCCAAGGCCUAGGAAAGAAUUCGAGAAAGGCUCAUGUGGGUUUGCAUUUGAUGCGAAAAGAAAUCAAUAUAAAGUUGUUCAUUUGUUUUAUGACUCUCAGCACGAGGCGUGGACAUUUGAGAUUUUUACUUUGGGUACAAUGUCAUGGAAAAUGAUGGCAGAUGAGGCUAAAGAGGAGGAACCAGACAUCUCUUGGUAUAAGUUGCAUGGGGCAAAACCAAGUAAUCCUAUUUAUGUGAAUGGUUUUCUUUGUUGGCUUAUCAAGUUUUACAGUGGGACUUGCGAUGCGUGCGUUCUAUGUUUUAAAGUUGAAGACAAAUUCCGACCCAAGUUGAUUAAGAUGCCAGAAGAUAUCAAUGAAGAUUACUUUCUGGAAGCUAUUCAAGCACAGCAAAAUGUAACUUUCUUGGUAAAAAUGAAUGGAAAUCUUUGUUAUGUAGAGGAUAAAAGAAGCUUGCAGUUGCUUAAUAUAUGGAUGCUAAAGGAAGAAAGGUGUCUUGACGAGAAGGAGAAUGUGUGGAUCAAGAAAUAUUGCAUUAAACUGGAUUUCGAUUUAAAUUUCUGCCGAAGCAUAAUUCCUGUUCGCAUUCAAAACAAAGAUAUUUUGUUCGUGUCUUCAAAUACAGGGGAAUUGUUUUCUUAUGACACGGAAAGUAAAAAAUGUGUAACUAUUUUCAAACCUGAAGGUUUGUUUACUGAACCUCUGGAAGAACCGUCACAAAUCGUAACCUGUAUGGAAAGCUUGAUUUCUGUCCGUGAUAUAAUUGCCAUGAAGCGAGAAUGACAGUUUAGGACAGAACAUGAACAUGGUGAUAUUUAAACGCUAGAAAUCCUGUAGACUCGGUCUACUUUUGUAAAGUAUUUAACACUGCCAUGUGAAAUUCUGAUGUUUUCUCUAUGUCUUUGUGUUUUAUCUGUUAGUCCUCUAAAUCAACUCUACCAUUAGUCAGAAUUUUGUUGCUGAAAUUGCCGCAACAACUUUUGAUUAUAUGUGUGUUUGGAAACACUGUGGUUUUAACUGAUUUAUGAGUGAGUAUUAACAAUUGUGGGAUGAAACUGGAUUUUUUUUUUUGAAGCAUACUGUUUUUUGUCUGGAUUGCAUUCAGCAGUAAGCUCAAAACCAAGAUUAACAGUCUUUUGCAACCAUCAUGGAGGUGUAAGGUCGUAUAAUAUCCACAUGAAGGCGGUAUAUUGGAUCUUUUGUGCCCUUAUGUGACCUUGAACCUCUGCAAUGGUUGAAGAGAACUGUUGCUCUCGCUUUUGAGCCUGCAGUUGGCCACUUUAAAAAGUCUGAACGGAAGAAACUAAGUACUGCAUAUAUAGAGGCUGUAUUUUCUUAAGUUAAGUAAAAAUAAUAUUUUGAAGUUUUCUGUUGAAAACUGGUUGUUGCAUAUCCAGUCCCAGUAUUUCUGUGACAUAUUUUUGAAUGAUUCCUUUUUGCCUCUCCAAGAUUGGGAAUAUUGUAAAAUGGGUUUUCAUUUUAGACAUAUGGUUGAUGUUAUAUUCUAUUACCCUGCACUCAUUUGCAAGUUUGGUUCCAUUCUUGCAUAUCGGUUUCCAUAUAUCUGUGAAUAUAACAUCCAAUUUUCCUUGGUUACCAGUCAUCAAUAGUUGGUCCUUCGAGUUCCUUGAUUAUAAGCAAUUUUUUCUUUUCAAUGUUAAGAGUUCUACAGAAUUGUGCCCUGUUUUAUCUGGAUACCCCAUUGUUUAGGCAGUCAAGUUUUUUAGGUAGUUUUUGCCUUAAUUGUAGGAAUUCAUAUAUGUAAGUUGUGCAAUUUCUCAGUGUAUAUACUGUGCGGUGAAUGAAUGAAGGA